CUUGCCUAUUUGCGAAACCCUAAACACGGACGCCUUACAACUGGCUAAAUCGAAUUAUUCCUCGCAACCAUCUCGAUUGGGAGACCCAAAAUGUGGGGAGCAGACGGCUGUAGUCCGUCCUGGCGCCCCGCCCAACAAUGGCCGAACGUCGCUAGCUGACAGGCUGGUGUUUGCAUCAAGAUCCAGUGGAGACUAGGAAGAAACAAGGCACGUGAACUGCUACACGUGAUGGUGGUGUUCUUCAAUCGAGAUUCGAAUGAAAAUUGGCACGUGAGUUGACGCACGUGAUUGCUCCCAUAAAUUCUCACCUCCAACUUUCCACCCACGCCAAUGAGACCCACUCUUGUCCGUCUAGUCAGGCCCAGGCGGCCAGAAAGGGCUGCUGCGCCCCUCCUCCCUCCACUCAAGCUCUACCAGGCCAUUUUGCGUGCCCACGUCCACAAACUCCCUGCUGAACUCAGGCCACUCGGAGAUCAAUAUGUCAAGGCCGAGUUCAAGGCCCACAAGGACAGCGACAACCCGUUGCACAUCGUGGGGUUCUUGACUGAAUGGCAAGACUACUUGCGUGCCAUCGACGGGGGCUCGUGGAUGGACGGCAAGUUGGGAAAACAGGACAUCGAAAAGAUGUCUCCCGAGCAGGUGGGCCAGUUGUACGAGUUGAUGCAAGAAACCAAGCGGAUCGGCCAGGAAGAGGUGUGAGAGUGGUUUUUCGGCCAUAGAUGAUCGGUGAGGGAGAGCUGGGGUGAUGUUUUGCUACAGAAGCUCUCAUAUUGAUUUUCAGCCAGAUUGUUCUCCACAGAAACUCUGAUUUCAGAUUAAUUUAGCCAGGUUAAUCUCCGCAGAAAUUCUGAUGUCAUUAUGAUUAUCGUACUCUCGGCUAGGACGAGCUAAGAGAAGUGAUCAUUGCUCUGGAAAGAAUUAAUUGAUUUCU